AUGGCUAACGAGGACGGGUGCGGGUCAUCUUCGUCGCUUGCUCUCUCGCCUGCCCAUCCUUCUGGAAACACGCGACACGACCGUCCUCCCGUCUCGCCAGGCAGCUACGAGUUGCAGCCUCUGCCUGACAAAGCAAAGAAAGCAAGGAACAUAGCCACGUCCGAAACCCCUUCUGAUGACGAUCUUGAUUCGCCCGCUGGUCGCCCCGAGACUCCUACACGAUCCGUCAAGACAGCAAUGUCAAGAGUACCUCUCUUGGUGAGAUCGAGCCCGGCGCAGGGAACAGGCGCUACCAAGUCACGACGCAGGACGGGUGACGCCAGUCGUAGCAGCACGACGCUCGGUGUAGCCUCUAGUGGCCAGGACUUUGAAGCUAGGUUCAACGCAAGCGGUCUUGAUCCUUCUACCGCUGGCGCGCCACUGUUUGACAACUCAACCUCAUCGAGCAGUACGCUAGACGAUAAUGAAUCCUCCGAGGACGACGAUUUACACGAUAUGAAGGGUAGCCCGUCCGAUAAUUCGCCCUACGCUCAAGUGAGGGCAUCCGUCGCUGCUACCGACGACCUCUCCCUAUCCAUUGAUACCCCGCGCAUGUGGUUCCUAUCGAUUCUGUUUUCCAUUGCCGGUUCUUCAACCAACUUGUUCUUUUCCCUACGAUACCCUAGCGUCAGCCUUACUCCUAUUAUUGCACUACUACUCGUCCACCCCCUCGGUCUACUCUGGGACCAACUCUUCAAACGACACGACGAUCCUGAAGAAACCUUUGUCGAUGGUUGCUCUCAAACAACAUCGCAUCCUCCACAGGCAAAAGCCACUUGGAAACGCCGGUUACGGCUCUGGCUAGGCCAAGGCCGUUGGAAUGAGAAGGAACACUGUUGCGUAUAUGUCAGCAGUAAUGUAUCCUUCGGCUUUGCCUUCGCGACAGAUGUCAUCGUUGAGCAAGUAAAGUUCUACAAGCAAGACCUUGGCAUCAUGUACCAAGUAUUGCUUAUCCUCUCCACACAAAUACUUGGCUACUCCCUUGCCGGUAUCACCAGACGUUACCUGGUCCGUCCCAGCGGCAUGAUCUGGCCGAGCACACUGGUAUCAACCGCCAUGUUCACCGCGUUACAUAAAGAUGAGAACAAGCCUGCCGAUGGCUGGACCAUCGCUCCACGCAAGUUCUUCUCGCGCAUAUUCAUGGGAUCCGUUGCAUUCUACUUCCUACCCGGUCUUCUAUUCCCAGCAUUGAGUUAUUUCAAUGUCAUCACUUGGUUCGCGCCAAAGAGCGUUGUUGUUGCCAACCUGUUCGGAAUCUCAUCUGGUCUUGGAUUAUUCCCAGUGACUUUCGACUGGGCGCAAAUCGCAUACAUCGGCUCCCCGUUGAUUACACCAUUCUGGGCUGCUAUGAACAUUCUUGGAGGCCUUGUAGGCGUGAUGUGGAUUGCAGCACCAAUCAUGUACUACAAGAACGUCCUCUACUCUUCCUACAUGCCCAUCCUUUCAUCCGCCGUAUGGGAUAAUCGCGGCAAGCCGUACGACGUCAGCAAGAUCUUGACCGAAAACUUCCUCUUCGACGAAGAAGCGUACAAGCAAUACAGCCGCGUCUACCUCCCGAUUACUUACGUAUUGAGCUACGCCUUGCAGUUCGCUGGUCUUACAGCUCUGCUUUCGCACACUGGCCUUUGGUACGGAAAGGAUAUCUGGAGGCAAUGGCGUCGCUCUUGGGCCGAGAUCCGAAAAGAAUCAGCAGCUGACUACCAGCCACUUGUGAAUGGCACCGACAACAACAGCCACCCCUCCUCACCUGCAAUGUUGCGACACAGGCCCAGCACGACUUCAGACCCAGACGUGGAAGACCUGCUAUCUGCGGAAGAUGUGCACAAUCGACUCAUGCGCAAAUACGAAGAUGUGCCGAUAACCUGGUACCUCUUGACUGGCAUCAGCAUGGCUGCUGUCGGCAUGUUCGUCGUCGAGUACUAUCCUGUCCACCUACCCUGGUACGGUCUCUUGCUAGCACUUGGCAUCGGUGCCGUUCUCUUCGUCCCUAUCGGCAUCGUCAUGGCCAUCACGAACCAACAAAGCAGCAUCUAUCUCAUCUGCCAGCUAAUCUGCGGUGUUGUGUUCCCCGGUCGACCCGUCGCAAACAUGGUCUUUACGACCUUUGGCUACAUCUCAGCGACCCAAGGCCUAAAGUUUGCCUCCGAUCUCAAGCUCGGUCACUACAUGAAGAUCCCACCUAGAAUCCUCUUCAAGCUCCAACUCUCCGUCACCAUCAUCUCCAGCUUAACUCAGAUCGGCGUUCUCAAUUGGAUGCUGAACAACAUCCCUGGCAUCUGCACACCCUCAGCCAUCAACGGCUUCAACUGCCCCAUCGCCCGCGUUCACUUCAACGGAAGUAUCCUCUGGGGUGUCGUCGGACCAGGGAAGUUCUUCGGUCCCGGCGCACUCUACCAACACUUGAUCUGGGCCUUCCCCAUCGGCGCCAUCGCACCCGUCAUACUCUGGUACCUCGCCCGCGGCAGCCGCAAGUCCAUCCUCAGUAAAGUCAACCUCGCCGUCGUGUUCGGUAGCUUGAGCUGGAUUCCACCGGCCACCGGACUCAACUUCUCCGUUUGGGCGAUUGUGUGCUACAUCUUCAACUACGAGAUUCGCAACCGGAGGAACGCGUGGUGGAAGAAGUACAACAUGAUGCUUAGCGCGGCCUUGGACUCCGGCCUUGCGUUUGGUGUUGUGGUCAUCUUCUUUGGCAUUGUGUACCCCGGUUGGAUGAGUAACUUCAAGUGGUGGGGUACGGAAGUUUACAAACAGGGCUGUGACUGGCAAGCCUGCCCGUACAAGGAAGUACCCAAAGGCGAAACCUUUGGACCUGGGAGUUGGUGA